AGUGAAUAUCGCAUUUUCAAAUCUUGAUAUGGAGUUUAUACGCAAUAUGCAGUGCCUGAAAAAGAAGGUCGGUGUUUUACAUGGUUAAUUUCAUUGAAAGCUAUGUUUAGCUUUCAAGGAUAACGGGACAGUAUUUGGAACGCAAUUUUUGUUAUUCUUCAAAUUAUACUAUUUUUUUAUUUUCACUGACGCAAUGAUCGCGAAAACAUUUCUUAUGAUAUUAUGCGUAACAAGUUUCUUUUACAUUUUUUACGUUUUACGUAAAUUGGUGUAUUUUCUUUCUGAUCCGAAUGAAAAUCAGAAAACUCUACUUUUAUCUAUUAAAGAUGGGAAUCUAAAUUUAUCCACAUUAUGGUCACUAUUAAUAAACUCCUGUUUAUUAAGCAUUUUCAUACUGCAACAUUCGUUUAUGGCGAAUGCUACAGUAAAAAAUAUAUUGAAAAAGUUAUAUAUUAACGAGAUAGAAAGAAGUUUCUAUAAUACAUGUAGUGCAGCUGCUCUUUGCUUAUUACUCGAUAAUUGGCAAUUUAUACCAUGGAUUAACAUUUGGAAUAUAGAUAUAUCUAAUAAUAAUAUAUUAUGGUCGAUGUUUAUAUUUAUACAUAUUCUUGGUUGGUGUAUUAUAUAUGGAGGGUGUUUAAUAAUGGAUAUUUCAGAAUUAGUUGGCUUCAGGCAAGUUUAUUAUAAGAUUACAGCAAGGCCUAGUCCUAUGAGUAAAAAAUCUAAAGAGUUACAACGAUAUUACGCACAUAUGAGACAUCCUAGUUUUAUUGGUUUUCUUAUAAUCUUGUGGGUACAUCCUUUUAUGAGCCUUGACAGAUUUCUACUGGCUUCAAUAUUUACAAUUUAUAUGUUGUUAAGAUGGGCUAUAGAUAAAGAAGAUUAUCAAUAUCAUGCUCAUGUCCUUAGAUGUAAACAGAGAGAAUGUUUUUUUUAAUAUUUUUGUAUACCAAAACAGGAGAUGAGCAAGUGCCUUGAGCAUAUUUCAAUUUAAUAUAAGUAGAUGUAAUAUAACUGUAUGUUGGUGUAUGUAUUAAUAUCGUACUAACUGUGUCUACGUAUUAUAUAUUUAUUUAUUACAAAAAGUAAAAGUUAUGUCAAUUAUGAGAAAUGUUUUAUUAGAAUAUUAAAUUAGAACUGUAAUGAAGCAUAUAAAUAAUUAAUUUGGUAUUUCAAUUAGUAGAGCUGUUCCUUUCAAUAUCCAAUAUGAUUGUUGUUGAACUGAUGGGAGUAAUAGAGGUAAAACAAAGUUAGUACUAUGCCCUGUCGUAGAUAAAACUCCUGCACGUAAACUAGUUUUAUAUAAUGGACAUACGUAUCUUGAAUCUUGUUCUGGUAAUUGUAAAACUGGAUUUACGUGUACAACUGGAAGCCAAGGAUGCAUUUCACCUACAAUAUUAAUUAUAAUGUAGUAGUAAAAUUUAUUAAACUGUUAUUUAUUUUUAUAAACAUGUUACCUAUAUUUGCAUCAACUAAAAUAUUAAAUUGAAAAUCCCAUCUGCCAGCAUCAAUAAAUAAACCAUGUACAAAAACUCCAUCUUCUGGAGUUUGUAAGUUUUUAUAUGCUUGUGGUACCUGUGAAGUAGAAAUUUUAAUAUUCAUGUAAUAAUGCAUAUACAUACAAAUAUUACUUCUUUAUACGCUAUCUUAUGCUCAGCUUCUAUAUCUUCUUGAUCUAAAACAAUGUUAGUGACUUGGAAAUCCAAUUUUAAUUGAUCGAUUGGGGUAUUAUAUUUCCUUGCAUAAGUUUGUAAUAUACCAGUUAUGAAACCUUGUGGAAAAGAUAGUCCAGAUAUCCAAAAAGACAAUGGUGUAGUAUGCAAUAACCAUAUCUAGACAUAAAAAGAAAAAUGAAAUUCAUAAUGUGUUGCAGAUAAUUUAAACAGAAAUAUACCUCUAUGAAAUCAAUACGAAGUUCCAAGUUUCUUAUCCAACUUCCAAGAGUUUUUAAAGAUGGAUAUACAUUAACAUUGUGCCACAUUUGUGGUACCUAAUUUUAUUUAAAUUAAUUUUUAUAUAUUCAUAUUUUUUUACAUUAAUAUUUGUCAAUAUAUGUAUUUAUUUGUUUUUUGAUUAUAAAGACUCGCCUGAUUAUUGAUCAAAGCUGUGAAAACAGUUUCAAGUUCCUCUGACAUAACAACAAAUCCUUUAAUAGCUCGUUGUAGAUUUUCCAUUGAGGAAUGUAUUUUUGUUAAAAGUUUAUUAUAUCUAUCUACUUCGUGUAAAAGAACUGUAGUGAAAGAUGGUAUUCUACCCUUUUCAUCUAACUAGAAAUAUUGUAAACGUAUUUGUAAAAUCUUAUUAUUAAGUAUAAUCAAGAUUCUUCCUACUUUGAAGUGCGAAGAGUGACACAUAUGAGAAUCUAUGUUUAUUUUAAUUCUAUCCAUGACCAUAUCUGCUAUUUCAUAUGCUAUUUCUGCGAUAGAUUUACCAUUUGAUAUGAUACUUUCUUUAGGUUGUGCUUCCAACAUAGUAUUUAUAAAAAAUUGAGUCUCUUUUAGCUAUAAUUGAUUUUAAAAUUAGCAUUAGUAUACAAUAUUUUAUAUAUAUAUAAAUUCAUAUUUAAUAUUUACAGACACACAUAAACACACACACACACAUUGGAAGAACUAUUUUAAUAACUUUAUUAUUAAUUGUGCAAUUAUAUUCUUACUUGGUAAGCUAUAUUUGCAUUUUCAUGCAUUCUAAAAAUUUCGGAAUCCUCAACAAUUGGGAAAGUGUCAACAAAAUCUUUAUAUUCCUGAAGUUUUUUAUAUUUGGGACAGUAAUAUAUACCGGAUGGUGAAUAAAUAUAAUCUGAAAACAUAUUUUAAUUAAACAUUAUAGUUGUCAUAAAGAAUAAUCUAAUAUUCUCUUCCGGUUAUAAAUAUUUACCAGUAUGUAAAGUUUUAGGAGAGAAAAAUAUAUCUAAAAUUGUUUUCAGAAGACGAAGAUCCCAAAAAUCUGUUACUCUUCCUCCGUAUGUAAUCUCAGCUGAAAUGUACAUAUACAUUUAGUGUUUUUGGCUGUACAAUUUGCAUUAUGACUUUGUAAAACAAUUACCUGUGAUAUAUAUUAAUGCAUUCCAUGGUAUUGUACCGUUUUCACAAAAAAUUUGCAAGUUCAAUAAACAACAUUCUCGAUCACUA